CAUCCAAACUUCCAUUAUCAUAUCCAUACCAAUCCCUUUUCUCCUUCCUCUCUCUUUCGACUCCACCCACCGAGCCAAAAAUUGCAGCGGCAGCAAGAGUGAGAAUCCACCAUUGGCACCAAAGAGAGCACCUCAACUGGGUUCACUUUGAUUUCUCUGUUGGAGUUUCCACUCCCUAUAAAUAUGAGAGUAGUGCUUUGUUAGUAUGCCCAGCCACACAGUUGAGAAGAGCAAAGCAAGUGGAGCGAUGAUGAGCAUGAACUCUUCUUCUGCUGCCGCUAAUCGGGAAGAGCUGCAGGAUCAGCGCGACGCCAACAUGCCGAUGGCGGAGAAAAUUAUUGAACUGGUUCUGGUGGGAUUAUGUAUGUUAGCUCGGGUACUACUGAUGCUCAAGAACCCCCAGGCCAACAGUUUCCGCAGAGGAUGACUAGGAAGAGUGUGAUGUUCGUUGGGGAUUCGAUUUCGCGGGAUCAGUUCGAAUCGUUGAUUUGUAUGAUCGUGGCAUCGCUGCCUCGGAGGACGACUAAGUUGAACGGCGGAGAUCCUCUCUCAUCCAUCAAGUUCUGGAACAAAUCCAGAUGCAUACUGUUGCAGCAGAGAGUUCGUGUGCCGAAUUAGCUUACCGUGUCAGACACCAAAGUUGAAAAAGAGAGCAAGCAGUAAGGAAUCUGCCAUCUCCACAUUUUCUUCAAAUCAUCAUUAUCGUAGUGGAUAAUGCUUUGUAUGUGUAUAUCACUGCAAUUGAAUAUGCAGCCAAAUAGUACUGGAUGAAAAUAGGGAAGGAAUUACUUGACUUUUGGAUCUUACAUUUAGGAAGUCUUCACACACCGACUAAAGUUUUUCAACUAAAACACUAAAUAUGUACUGCCAACUUUUGUUCAUGCUGGCUUGAAUGUGAUUGGAUGCAUUUUGUUGUUUUGUUUUUCCCUUCACAUAUGACAUAACUAUAAUGGGUUUCAAAUCAUAGGAGUGCCCUGUAUUGGUUGUAGUAGUUAGAUCAUACUUCUGCUUAAUCUUUGCAACCUCUACCAUCCACUUCAUGUUGUUGUACUUUCCGGAGGUUGUGUAUUUUUUUAGGACCAAGGUAGAGAUCAAAGAAGAGAGGUAGAGAAGGGCGAUGAAUCAAUGAUAGAGAUGCAGAUGUCAGAGUUACUCAAGGAGGAGGUGAGGAGAUGCAGGUGAUGCUUGCCUUCCGAUGAACCAGUACCUGGAGUAACUGUAAAGUAGCUGCCGGGGAGGAGAAUUGAUCGCCAGCCGGGAAUCUGCAAGGCAUAUAUGUGGUUUUUCCAAAUCUCCAGGUCAAGUGGGAGAACAAAAUGAUGCUGCUCAGUGUGGUAUCCAAAAACUCUUCUAAUAGCAUGACAUGUAGUUCGGUUAGUUAGUACGGAUCAAGAGCUUCACCAGUAAGGGUCAUUGAGAUUUGAGAACCUAUUGUUGUUGCUCAUGUCAAUGGCAUCGAUAUUGUGUAACUGAUAGACAAGUUGCUGAACAAGCCAUUUAGUAAGCUGAACUGCUGAAGACCAGCUCUUUCUGUACGAAUUGAAGAUUGCUCUUUUUUUUUUUUUCUUCUAAUGAAGGUUGCUCAAAUAAGAUAACUUGGGUAUGGAUUGAAUAAAUAUA